AUGAAGUGGAACAGCAUUACAGCCGCCCUCGGGCUGGCUGCCCCUGCGUCGGCAUUACUUCGCUUUGGUUGCGCCCGUCUAACAAUCCAGCGCCUGGACCCCCUAGUCACACCAGGACAGAACCCAUCACCGCAUCUUCACCAGAUCAUUGGAGGGGAUUCGUUCAACGUGUCCAUGGACCAUCCCAGCCAUGACCUGGUGAAACAAUCGAAAUGCACCAGCUGCCAGUUCACCGAGGACUUCUCCAACUACUGGACGGCCGUCCUGUACUUCCGCGCCAGGAACGGCACGUUUAAGCGUGUGCCCCAGAUUGCCCAAGCCGGCAUGGAGGGCACACAAGCCCAGGUUGUGUAUUACAUGUCUGACGCCCUGUUCGACACGGCCCAGCGCUCCAGCGUCACAGCAUUCAAGCCCGGGUUCCGCAUGUUGGUCGGCGACGCCUCGUACAAGACCCGCGACCAGGCGCGCGACUUCCGGCAGCUCACCUACACCUGCAUGGAGAACCAAGCGUCCCGCCAGCCCGAGAGCAUCGGGUUCCCGAAGACCCCCUGUAAACUCGGCAUCAUGGCCAACCACCGGUUCCCGACCUGCUGGGACGGCGUCAACCUGGACACGCCUAACCACCAGGACCACGUGGCGUACCCGGAGACGGGGACGUUCGAGUCGGGCGGGCCGUGCCCGGCGUCGCACCCGGUGCGGCUGCCGCAGAUCCUGCUGGAGACGGUGUGGGACACGUCGGCGUUCAACCGGGCCGAGGACUGGCCGGCCGACGGCAGCCAGCCGUUCGUGUGGUCCAACGGCGACUCGACGGGCUUCUCGUCCCACGCCGACUACGUCUUUGGCUGGCAGGACGACUCGCUCCAGCGCGCCAUGGACGCCCACACCUACGUCUCGGCGCCCAUGCUCAAGACCCAGAGUAUUGCCCAGCAAAAUAAGUGCGUCGCGAAGGAUAUGGUCCACGAAGACUUUGAUGGAUGGCUGAAAGAGCUGCCGGGUGGAAACACCAUCUUCUAG